CAUCUCACAGGCCAACCCGCAGGGGGUGCAUAUGGUGGGCCGGAGAGAGGCUGACCGGACCCAGCAAACAGCACAGGAGGGAUCACUGGCAGCUCUGGAACCAGCCUGCAAUGAUCAGGAGGAGAUAAGUGGGCUAUGGGCUACAGGUGCUCAUAUUUAGGGACGUUAAUUAAAAUGAAUAGAUUAGUGAUUGCCUCAAUUGGCCAGCACCUGUAGCCGAUGCAGUUAACAAGCAUCUCCUCCAGCCCAGUGAUAUAAAAAGGCUGAGCAGUCACUAGACAGGGAAUCGUGACUGAGGAGAGAAGGACUGAGCCGUGUUGGAACUUGUUGUUUUGAAAAUAGUUUUUUUUUUAAACUACUCCUGUGCAAGAUAUAGGUUUGUUUUUUUUUGUUUGUUUCCCGUUUUUGAUGCCCUUCAAGACCCAAAAUAAAAGCACACGGAUCCACCAAACCUGUGUUCGCCUGUGAUUAAUUCCACAUUAAAAAGUGGUGCCUGCAUUCAGCAAGCCUACAAGUGGUACCAGAAGUGGGGCCCCUCUGACGGCAACAGCUAAACUUAUUGUGUGGAUAUGGAGGUGGACAAGCUGAUACGGUGGAUGCAAGAGCAGGAGGGGAAACGAGAAGCCAGAGAGGUGCAGAGACAGGAACAACUGGCUCAGUUUUUCGGCACACUGGUGACUAAGAUGAUGGCACCAGGGAGUACGGAGGCCACGGUGGCCAGGAUGUUUGCAGUCCAGCCCAAGCUCCUGAAAAUGACGACUGAAGAUGACCCUGAAGCGUUUUUAGUAACGUUUGAAAGAAUGGCGGAGGCAGCAGCUUGGCCAAAAGAGCUGUGGGCAUUGAAACUGGCCCCAUGUCUCUCCGGAGAAGCUCAAGCCGCUUACAGAGCACUGGACACGGCAGACGCGCAAGAUUACCAGAAAGUAAAAACCGCUAUCCUGCAACGCUUGGGCAUCACAGAGGAAAGCUAUAGACUGCGCUUCAGGGGAUAUACCAUCCCCUUGGGGACUAAACCCCGUGUGGCAGCUCAAACCCUCCGCCACUUCUGCAAACGGUGGCUGAAAACAGAGAGCAGGAAUGUUGAGCAAAUCACAGACUGUCUGGUGGUCGAGCAGCUGUUACAAGUAAUACCAGCUGGAGUGGCAGCCUGGGUCCGAAGAAAUCAACCACAGAGCUUGGAGGAAGCUGUUUGCCUGGCAGAGGCCUACCAGGAUGCUGAAGCGGCUGCAGCCCCAUCGGAAGGAAGCUCAGGAAAGAGGACAAAUACAUCUCCUAAGGACAUACAAAAAAAGGUAAACCCCAAAGAGGGUAACCGGAAACCCCCUUUAUGGGUUCCACGGUUAGCUCCUCGGUGGGUAACAGAAAAAACUAGCCCACCAGAGGAAUUCUGGCGGGACAAACCACGGACAUCCCCAGGCCCCAUCAUUUGUUUCAGGUGCGGAGAACCCGGGCACAUCGCGAGGCAAUGUCAGCAGGAGGAGAUUGAACGUAUGGAAGUCGGGGUGGCGCGCAGCAUUGCGUAUGGUCAUGCCGGCCCGGUGAGUGCAGAUCCCUUUGUCAUACCAGUGAGGGUUGAGGGUCAGGAAACCAUCGCUCUGAUAGAUUCAGGUAGCACAGAGACUCUGGUUAGCCGGGAUCUCGUACCAGGAAGCAAAUACAAAAAGGGGCAAGCAGACAUAAAUUUACUGUGUGUACAUGGUGAUAUAAAAACCUAUCCCACUGUAAUAAUCAAUAUAGAAAUUGGGGGUAAAUCCUUUAAGGUUAAGGUGGGAGUGAUUCCAGCUCCCCCCUUCCCUGUAAUCUUAGGGAAGAACUGUGAAAGGUUCCAUCAACUGUUAAAAGCCGGAACCACACUGGUUGGAGAAAGGGGGGGACCACUGCACUCCACUUCUAAUUUUGAGGGGGAAAAUAUGGACGAAGGGUUAUUUCCAUUUAGGGAGGAAGUAAUCAAGCCCCCUCAGGGAGAAAGGAAAACCCGCUCUCAAAAGAAGCGGGAAGGUAGGAAAUUUCUGGAGAAAACUAAAAACCUUGGCAGAAUUGGGGAAAGCCCUAUAAAUCUUCCCUCAUUACAGGCGGUAGAGUCUGAAGACAAUGAAGAUUUUUUGAACCGAGCGAUUGAACUUGAUCGUCCGGUUUUUAAGCAAGCUCAGUUAGAGGAUCCUAACUUACGGUAUGCAUUUGAACAGGCCAUGGAAGCUAGUGAAGAAUAUUGGAAAAUAUGCGACACAAAACCUACCCCACACUUUCUGUUAAACAACGGCCUGUUAUACAGGGUUAUUCGGGGUACUCUCCAAGGAGAGCAUACCCACCAGUUGCUAGUACCGCACUCACAGAGGAACACCAUUAUGCGUUUAGCGCAUACACAUUUGUUGGGGGGACAUCUAGGCACUGACAAGACACGAGAUAGAAUCCUUCUCCGUUUUUUCUGGCCUGGGGUGUGGCGUGAGGUGGCAGAUUUCUGUGAGUCUUGUCCCGAGUGCCAGAAAGUGGCAAGUAAAAAACCGCCUCGAGCUCCCUUGAUACCGCUACCUAUUAUUGAGGUGCCCUUUGAUAGGGUAGGGAUAGAUAUAGUUGGCCCUUUGCCAAAAACCAAGUCAGGGUGCGAAUAUAUAUUAGUGCUAGUUGAUUAUGCCAGCCGAUACCCUGAGGUGGUCCCCUUAAGGAACAUGGCUACCAAAACUAUAGCCAGAGAACUAAUGAAUAUUUUUUGUAGAGUGGGUCUCCCAAAGGAAGUGCUUACUGACCAGGGAACCCCCUUUAUGUCCCGGGUCUUUAAAGAGUUAUGCCGCCUCCUGAAAGUAAAAACAAUUCGAACCUCUGUGUACCACCCACAGACGGAUGGUUUGGUAGAGAGGUUCAACCGAACCCUAAAAGGUAUGCUUAAAAGGGUAGCACAAGAAGAUUUGUGUAACUGGGAUACUGCUUUGCCUUUUCUGAUGUUUGCUUUCAGGGAAGUUCCCCAAGCAUCAACCGGGUUCUCCCCAUUUGAAUUACUGUUUGGCAGACAGCCCCGAGGGUUACUAGACGUCUUGCGGGAAGCAUGGGAGGCAGAACCAGCUAGAGGGGACAGUGUUGCAGAGUAUGUAACUCAACUCCGUGACAGGUUGGGAAAAAUGUCCCAACUAGUGCAGGAACAUUUAAGAAAAGAGCAGUCCCAACAGGAGCGACAGUACAAUCAGGGGGCGAGGGCCCGGGAGUUUAAAGAGGGGGACCGGGUAUUGGUGCUGGUCCCAUCUGACCCCCAUAAGUUUGUAGCAAAAUGGCAGGGGCCAGUGGAAAUAGUGGAGAAGGUAGGACCCGUGAAUUAUAAAGUUCAUCAACCAGGUAAAAGAAAAACCCACCAGAUAUACCACGUUAACUUACUAAAGCCUUGGAAAGAACGAGAGUGCUUGUUUUUUAGAAAUGCUGAGUUAGAGGGGGAGGAUGAAACCCAAGGGGAGCCCAAAGUACCACAAAGACAUAGCAUAUGCAAAGGGGAACACUUGAAUAACCAGCAACAAAAAGAACUUAAUAAAUUGUUGUCCGAUAACUCUGAUGUAUUUUCUGAGGAACCUGGGAUCACACACCUGGGGCAGCACCAAAUCACAACGGAGCCAGGAGUGAAAGUGUGUCAGCGGCAUACACGGGUCCCGGCAGCCAAACGGGUGACCAUGAAGGAGGAGGAUUAUGCCGAAGCAAAGGGGGAAGGUAUGUGAGCCAUCUCACAGGCCAACCCGCAGGGGGUGCAUAUGGUGGGCCGGAGAGAGGCUGACCGGACCCAGCAAACAGCACAGGAGGGAUCACUGGCAGCUCUGGAACCAGCCUGCAAUGAUCAGGAGGAGAUAAGUGGG